UGAUGUUAUAUAUAAACAAGUUAAAUGUUUUUAUGAAGAUUCACAUUCAAUAUAGUGAUACAAACUUCGUUAAGUAAAUGAAGAAUAAUGUAAAUUGUUUCUUUUAUCUGUAUUUCAUUAAUUUUAUCUACGGAAUUAUAAAACGAAGAAUAAUAAAGUGUAGAAAAUAUAAAAAGAAUAAAAAAGUGUUGUACUGUGGGGUGUAAUGAGUGGAUCUGGUUUUCGAGGACGGGGGAUUGAACCACGGGGUAUUCAUCCAAAUGGCCCAAUUGGUGCUUAUCGUGGGACCCGCUUAUCUCACCCACGUUUUAGUCAUCCCCGUUUGUCCCAUAACAGAUUACCAACAUCAGAGAAUUGGUCAGGUAGAUCAAAUCAUGGCUCAUCUUUUUUAUCUUGGAGCAAAGGAAAAUAUCAACGUCCUAUUUUUCGUGGUAUAUCCCACUUUCGUCCCAAUGGCAGAGGAAGGGGUACAAUUCAUAGGGGAAAUUUACAUUUUCCAGAUUCUAAUAGGCCAUCCAUUGUGCCAUAUUCCUCAGAUUAUAAUAAAAGUGUUGGAAGUCCUAAAACAGUGUUCAUGCAAAAUCAGAAUGAUGAAGAUCAAUCAGAACAUGUUAAAGAUGAGCCAUGUUUACAGCAGACUCCUUUACUUGGAUCCGAGGAAGAACGUCAACAGAAGAUUACUGAGACUGCAGUUCGGUUGAAAGAAAAAUUAUCUACCAUUACCAAGGAAGAUAUUACUAAUUUAUGGCAAGAUGAUUUGUCCACGGUACCAUUGUCUAAUGUAAAAGACAAAAAUAUACUUAAUUUAGGUAUGCUUAAAUUAAGGCAUGAACAACCUGAACUUAAUCUUACUUUUAAUGAUUUUAAAGACAUAGGUAGGAUUGACUCGGACAAUGUAAAGUCUGAUAAAAAUGAUGGUUCUAAUGAAGUUAGAAAUGUAUUUCAUUUUAUACAUGACAAUGUCAAGGAAGUUAAAAGCGAUACUGAAGGUGUUGAUGUAAUAGAUAUUGAAGAAAACAUUCUACAUGAUGUAGAAUCUAUGACAAUUAUUAACGAUAUAAUUGUAACAGAAAAUAAAUCACGAAAAGUUAAUGGUCAAAAAUCGCAAGAAGGGACCAAUUCUCCACGUAAUAUGUCUGUUACUUUGUCAAGUAUUUCAGAAGCAUGUAAUACAGAAUUAAUAUACUCUUCACAUGGAAGUACAGGAAAAACAAAUAUGUUACAACCUCAAAAUGUUCUACAAACUGAUAAUACUCAAAUACAAGAUCAUGAAUUAAAUAUACAAUGUGUGAAUACAUCAUUACAGUAUCAGUCUGAAUAUAUAAAUUCUGAUAGUAGGUUUAAUUUAGAAAAUAUACAAAAAUCAUCUGAUGAUAUACAAUAUCAGCAAGCAAAUGCAAUCACAGACAUGCAACAUUCUUUACAUAGAUCUAUAUCAAAAAAAGCAAAACAAAAAUCUCAUUGGAUACCAUCACAAUAUCAAAUAAAUUCACUCCGUAGAAAGCCAUUUAAAUCGAGAUGGUCGCAUAGAAGACAUAGCUAUAUGUAUAAUAAAUCACGAAAUGAAUCAACAAGAUUUGAUUUACAUACAUCAUCACUGCAUUUGCAAAGAAAUAUAACUUCUUUAAAUCAAGAUUCACAAUAUAAUGCAUUAUCUUCAUUUGAUUUGAGCAGAUCUCAAUCACAAUUUCCUACAAUGUCAAAGUUAAUGCAUAAUAAGGAUACUUCAGAGGCUACUACAUCAUGUGCAGAUCAUAAUACUUUAUCAUCUACAUCUGUUAACAUUUCUUCAAGCCAAGAAGAUAUUUUACAAACAGUGCCAGUUUUUGAUUCAUGGAAAUCAUUUACAAUGAAUUAUAAUACACACAAGGAGGAAGUAAUGAACAUACCAAAUUUUAAUCCUCAACAACCACCACCCAAUUUUAAUAAUCAACAGGGAACAUUGCCAUUUAAUCAACAUCUUUUGCCACAAAAUCAGUCAAAUUCAACAAUACAUGAAUUUAAUUCUUCGCAAUCAAGUGCAGUUUCAGUAACUCCUACAGACUUAUAUUGCUCUGUAAAUUUUACUGCACCACCAAGUACUACAUUAGCACAAACAACAACUUUUUCUACAUUAUCACAAAUAAAUAUACCAUCAUCUUCAAGUUUUUUAUCAACUGCUUCAAUUAACUUUUCACCGAUAUUAACUCAUACAGCACCUUUACAAAUGACACCUUAUGAAGUACCAUCAUCCGCAACAAUAAACAAAGUUAAACAUCAAGGAUUGCUUUAUAACAAAACAUUAGAUCUUGUUUCAAUUUCCAAUCAAGAUAAUACUGUUAAAAGUAAGAAUGAACUUCAAGAGAUGCAAGAAGCAAUGCAAUUUGCAAAACGAGCUAUGAAUAUAACAGAUGAUGUAAAUAUUAAUACUGAAUCUGAGCAAAGCCUAUGUACUGAAAUUCAUCUAGUAAAUACAUCUGUAGAACAAAAAGAUAUUAGUGAUGUAUCGUCAUCCUCUACACAAAUACAUCAAAAUAUUAAUAAGGAGAAAGAGGAGCAGCUGGAUCAAGAUUGCAAUAAAUUUACUAAAAUAAGUUUAAAAGAACGAAUUAUAACCGAAUCUCAUGAAUCACCUAACUUUGAACUUGAAAAACAAUUAAAUCAAAAUUCUGAUGUUGAAGAAAAUGCCCUUGUAAAUAAACAGACUCGACCAAAAGUCAUGUUUCAUUUAAAUUCUAAAUUAAACAAAAUAAAUAAGCAAGGAAAAUGGCAUCAAAACAUUGAAGAUGGUGAGGAAGAACAAUAUAUUUCCUGUCUAUCUCCAUUAAACAUGCAUGUAAAAGAAUGUUCCAAUCAAAAGAUUGAAGAAUGUACUAAUCAAAUGAUUAGAAAUAAUCAAGAUAGAACCACAAAAUGUAAUAUAGAAGUAAAAGACAUUGAUACAAUUAACAGUCUUAUUGAUGAAUCACAAAAGUCUAAUUUAGAGUCUCCAAUUUCUAUAACUUCUGAUAAUUCUACCACACAAAGACCUCAAGAUGUUAUAAAAAGAAGAAAGAAAGUAGAAUCUCCUCCAUCUGAAUCUUCAUGGAAAAAUAGAAUUAUCAGUCGUUUCUUGAAAAUGAGUAAAAAUGAUAUUCGUAACAUGAUUAACAAUUCUAGUCUUCGAAAAUUUGAUAUUGCUAUGAAACAUCUUGUUAAAGAAAAAAGGUCAUCAUUAUCAUUAAAGAUGCGAAAUACUGAAGACGAAAAAAUAAAAAGUUAUGAUAGAGAAGAAUUUAUGAAUCAGUUAAAUGCAAUGUUAGAUCCAACAGCUAUCGUUGAUAUCACCAAUUUACCUACAGAUUUUAUUCAUCAUUUAAGUGAAGUAUUACAACUUGAUGCCAUACCAUUAGAAUCGAAUGAAAGUAUUUUUAGUUACUCUAAUGAUGAAGGUCAGAACAGUAAUUCGUAUAUAUUUUCUAAUGAAGAAGAAAUAUUAAAUAACAUUAUUUCAGAGGAUAUUAAUUUUGAACAGAUAAAUAACAAGACACACACAGAAUACAAUAAUCAAUUAAAAGAUGAUAAUAGUAGAAUUACAGAUUCUAUCAUUGCAGAGUCAAAUAUUAAUGAUAAUAAUAUAGCUUCAAUUGCAAAUUCUGUUAAGGUCAGUGAAAAUAUAAUAUUAGAUUCCAGUGAAGUAUUUUCUAAGACACCAUUUGAAACUAAUGAUGUACAGAUUGAUCAUUUUACCAGUAAUGUACAUGUAACAGAAAAAGAUAUUACACCAAAAAAUGUAGAAAAAAGAAAACAACAUUCACUGUUUAAUGUAACUGAUUUAGAUGAUAUACUUUCAACUGUUACUGUAAAAGAAACAGGAGAAUUAAAAUCAACAGAUUUAGAUGAAAAAUCAAAGUCUACAAUAAAAGCAAAUGAAACAUGUGAAAUAGCAAAAACCUCAAUACCCACUGAAACUAUGUCAGUAAAUAUUACAUCAUUUAGUUCUAAAAGCAAGAUUUUCGAUUCUAGUAAACAACAUGAAUGUAGUUCAGGAAAUGAAUAUAUUUCUAAAUCUGAAAGAUAUAAUAGGUGGACUAGAAAAGAACGAGAAGGUCCAGAUGCUUUUAGGAACCUUACAAAAGAAGAAUGGGAAGCAAAAUAUGGAAAACAAAUGAGAAGUUUAUCAUCAAAUCCUUGUAAAACACAAAUAAGUAGAUAUAGCUACAAUACAAAUUUGAAAAAUACAAAGUAUAAUAGAACUUUCAAUUCAAGAAAGCAUCAAUCUUCACAUUCAUUUAAAACAAAUAAAAAUUCUUUAAGUCAUAAAACUGCUUUGUCCAAAAGGGUAUCUAGAAAGGAUAAUGUAGAAAAGGAUUGUAAUAUGAGCAGUUCAAGUCAAAGUGAGACAGAUGAUACUAGCACAAGUAGUGAUAACAGAACACCGUCUGAUGUAACUAAGCUCCUUAAAGUAAUUAAAGAAAAGGAAAAGAUAGCUAAAAAUAAAUCAUUAAAUGAAACAAUAAGGGAUGAAGUAACAGCUGAGAUACAGCGUAAAUGGAAUGAAGAAGGUAGGAAACGAAAAUAUCAUAAAAGAAAUAAAAGAAGGAAAGAAAAAAAAUUAAAAUAUAAGAAAGAAAGAAAGAAAAAGAAAAGGAAAAUAGUUGAAAGCAAUUCUAAUUCUGAUAAUGAUCAAAAUGAUAGAUCUAACUUACUUACAGAAAUAGAAAUUAAAAAAGAAACAAAUGUUAAAGAAGAAUCUAAUACUGCCUUAGAAAAAAGUAUUGGUCUUGAUAUACAAAUGGUGAAUAAUACAUGUUUUAAAAAGCAGGAAACUACAAAGACAUUAAUAGAUAAGGAAGUAAUUUUGGAAAAUAAAGACAAAUGUACAAUACAAGAGAGUAAUAGAAUUACACUAAUCCCUACAAUAGUACAACUAAAAACAAAAGCAGAAUUAAAAUUAAUUCCAAAAGCAUCAAAGUGCAUAGAAGAAACAGAAUUUAUGAAAAACACUGCUGAAAUAGUUCUAAAUGCAAAAUGUCAAGAGCAAAAUAAGAUGCCUAUAUUAAAUAAUCUAGAUAAACAAAAAAUAAUUGAAAAUACAUCUGAAACAAAUGAAGACUCAGAAUGUUUAAAUAAUAAAUUAAUAAAUAUUACAGAAACAGAGCAUACUGUUCUUAAUAAUAAUGAUAAUACAAUCAAGAACUUAACUAAUACACCCACUAUAAAGGAACAACGUCAUAAAGAAAAAAUUUACCAUUUAGGGAAAGAAGUAUUGUCAGUUACUACUGAAGUUAAAGAAUCAAAUACAGAAAGGUUAAUGGAUAAUAAAGCAACAUCUAAAAAAAUAGACAUAAAGGCAUACAAAGCACGUGCAUUACAACGAAAAAUGGAAAAUGAACAGAAAAUGCACGAGGAAAAAGCAGUGGUAAGUAAUAAACAUGCAAUAAACAAUGACAUAUUAAAUGAUAAUUUGUCAAAGUCUAUGAUAAAUGAAAAACAAAACACAGAUGAUUACAUUUUGUUGCAAACUAUGUCUCAUGCAAAUUUGAAAGAUAAACAUUCUAUUACACAAACAAAUAGAAUAUCUUCAGAUUCCAGCAAAUUUAAAAAUAUUAAAUCAGAAGGAAGUAAGGAAUUAAAAUUAAAAAAGGAAAAGCUAGAAAAGAUAAAAAAGAAAACUGAAAUGAAAACAAAAAUAAAAGAAGCGAAAGAAAUAUCAAAUGCUAAUCAGGAAAAAGUAGAUAAUACUUCUGAUAUUCUAAACUCAUUAGAAAAUAAAGUUGAAAAGAAUCAAAUGGAUAUUCAGGUUGAUAAACAUGAACAUGUACAAUCUAUUACUGAUCAUGUAUUAUUACCAGCAAAUACAGAAUCUGUAAUAGAAAAAAAAUUUGUUAAAAAUGAGGAAAUUUCUGUUAAUGAUAUUAUAUUAUCGAAAAAUGAAUUGAAAGAAACAUCAAGUGAGAAGAAUGAAGGAGUUAUUAAUGAUAUAAAUAAUACUGAAUCAUUAAUAGUAACUAUAGAUAAAGAAAAAUGUAUGGAAACAUCAAAAAUUACAAAUAUUAAAACGAAACCUAUUAAAACAAAAUCUAUGGGAAAUUCCAGUAAUAAAAUUACAAACAAAGAUCUCCAAACUAAAAACAUAAACAAAGAUCUCCAAACUAAAAACACAAACAAAGAUCUCCAAACUAAAAAUACAAACAAAGAUCUCCAAACUAAAAACAUAAACAAAGAUCUUCAAACUAAAAACACAAACAAAGAUUUUCAAACUAAAAACUCAAACAAAGAUUUUCAAACUAAAAACACAAACAAAGAUCAUAAUCCAUCUAUUAUCAAGUAUGAUCAAAAUAACUUAAAAUCUAGAAGAAGAUCCAAAUCUUCUUCUAACGAAAUAUCCGCAGAACAAGAAAUGCGCAACUUUUCAAUUACUGAGGAAUCUAGCUCACAAAAAAAGAAAUGUGAGAAACAGUCCCAAGAAAAUAUAAAACUUCGGAAUUUAUCAUCAUGUAAUGAAAAUAUAGAAAAUUCAGGAAAAAAUGCAUUGCAAAAAAAUAAAUGCAUAGAAUCUAAAAUUCAAUCUAACAAUGCCUCUGAUUGUGUAGAAUCUACUGAUAUUCAGUUGGGUUUGAUCAAUGAAUGCCUUAUGCAAGAUGAAUCGCAAAAGAAUAUGAAAAUAUCAAUGGAUUGUACAAGUGUUAUUAAUAAAAAUGUAAUUUCUCAGAGUGAACAAGAUAGAAAUUUGAAAGUAGACACUACAAUCAUAAAUCAAGCUGACCAAAAGUUAUUAAAGAAUCCAGACAAUCUCGAAAUUGGAGAAAAUAUAAUAAAUUCUACGUUAAACACGUAUGAUGAAAUGAUUGAUAAUCAAUACUUAAUAAGAAAUAAAAUAAACUCACCUGAAAGUAUAGGUAGUCCAUUUAAAGGAUUUGUUGCAGAUCCUGUUGAAUCCAAUAGUUGUCAAUAUAUAUUAGAUUUAGAGGCAAAAAAUACAGCUACUGUUAGAAAAGAUAACAUUAUAGAUGAUGAAAAUAAACAAUUGCAAUCAUUUUGUAAUGAUAAAUUCGAUCAUUUAAAUAAUCAAGACACUUCGGCGUAUGAUAAUAAUAUUAACAAUAAUUCUUUAAAUGUAGUUGAACAAUUAAAUAAAAAUGAAGGAACAUUAUUUUAUGAAAAAAAUUCCAAAAUGAAUGACAGUGCGACAGUUUUCCUAAACAACAAUUUUAAUUUAUUAGACAAUAAAGAUAAAAAGAAAGAAAUGACCAGUAAAAGAUAUUUACAUAAAUGUACCAAAAAUUUUACGAAGAAUGAGAAAGAUAAAGAUACAAAUAACUUUGAUCAGUCUGAAUACUCUGUCGAAAAUAAUAAAUCUAUACAAUCAGUAAAUGUUGAAACAAAUACUCAAAAUGUAUCCAAUAGACAAGGUGAAAUAUUUGUUGAGUUAAAUAAAUGUGAAGAUAAUGCAGAAAUGGAAAAAUCAGAUAUUGGUAUUGUAAAAGAUUCUUCAGCUAAGGAAAAACGAUCAAGUAAAAAAGACAUUUUAGAUUUUGUAUCUAUAUCGGAUAUAAAUCUGUCAGAUGUAAAUAAUACAAUAGUUUCUUCAUUCAGUGAUAUAUCAAAUGGUACUCUGAACAAUAUAAUCAACACUGACACUGAUUCAUCUUUAGCAUCACUAAUAGAUAGUAAUGCAAUUGAAAAUAACAGUGCGGAUAUGCCAAACCAAAAUAUAGCGCAUUCUGUUACUAAUAUAGACUCAUGUGAAGAAGAAAGCACAAAUGAUAAUAAUUCACAGUCAAAUAAUGAUGCUUAUACUAAUAUUAAUUCUAAUUUACUUGUAUCUAAAAAAGAACUUUGGAAAUCGCCUACAAAGGGAACAUCCAAGAAAUUACAAAUUCCAAUAAAAGCUGCUUUGAAAGAAUCUAAAAAUAUUUUUGCAAUUAUGGAUCCUAUUAAAGAAACUGUGAAAUUAGAAAAUUCUGAUUCAACAGUACAUGUGUAUGAUGAUCAAAAAAUAGAUCAUUUUGUAAUUGAUCAGAUAUCUCAGAAAGAAAAUAUGGAUAAUGCGAUUAUUGAUUCAGAACAAAAUAAAUGUUCUCAUGAUAUGCAGGUCGCAUGUAUAUCUGAUGGUAAAGAUACGCAUGAAUGCCCAGAUAUAAAUAUAUUAUCUCAAACUGUUUUGAAUAAUACAAUACAUGAUGAAAUUUUGAUCCCAUCUAAUUAUACUAAUUUUAUUAAAGAAUUAGUAAAUAGUAACAAAAAACAUAAUCCUACUGUUGAAUUAGAAAGAAUAAGAGAAACAAAUAAAUCAAUAAUAGAUACAAUACAAAACAAUGUUAAUAAAAAUACAGUUGAUAAGGAUUUAGAUAUGACUCCUUCCAUAAAAACACAAAAGCAAGAAAAAAUAAGUAAUCUGCAAAUGAAACGUGAAAUGAAACAUAAAAGUAAUACUGUACAUGUUACAAAUACAAAUAUAAAAGAAGAAAUAAUGGCUAGAAUGAUAGAAAUAGAUUUGGAAAUCCAUAAAUUGAUGACAGAAAAAAUGACUUUAUAUCAGAUGCUGGAAAAUGACUCUUUAUUAUUAAAUAAACUUACAUUAACUAGCAGUUUGGGCUCUGAAAUGAAUAGAGAAAAAACAGUAUCAAUAAGACUUCAAACAUCACCUACUUUAAUAUCACAGACAAUGGAAAAUGCAGAAAUAAGCUCUAUAGAACAUUCAAAUUGUAUAAUCAAAUCAAAUACAAACAAUGGAUUAUCCGAAAUAAGUCAAGAUGAAAUAGAACCAAGAAUUAGAAAUAUUGAUGGGAAUAAACAAAAAUCUUCGUUGAGGGAAGAAAAUAUAAAUUACACACAAAGUAUUCCAUCUCAUAGUCCUAAGGAUCGAUUAUUAUUAGAAUGCAGUGAAAGCUCACAAUCGUUAUCGAUAUUUAAAGGUGAAGAUAAAAUACAAGAGGAUUAUAUGGUACUAUCUGAUAAUCAACUUAAAGAAAAUCUGGAUACAUGCAAUUCUAUAAAAGAAUCCUCAAAAAAUGUAAUAAAAAGUACUUCAUUAGAGAAUAUACCUUAUUAUGAAAAAGAGAAGCAUUUUUGUAUAUCACCAAUUAAUGUCACAAAAUCAUGUGAUGAGAAUCAACAAGUAGAAGUUACAUCACAUGAGGAAAAAAAGCAAAAAUCACAAUCUUUUGAAGCAUCUAAAGAUAACAAUUCAAUGCAAGUAUCCUUAAUAUAUUCCGAUGAUAGUACUUGGGGAUCUUUUGCGCCAUCAUUUGAAGAUAUAGAAGACAAGAAACAUAAUACUGGUCUUGCUCUUUUAGAGGAAACAUAUAAACGAGAAAUGGCUGAAACUCGAAAAUUAAAAGCAAAUGCACGUAAAAAGAAAAAAAAGGAACUGAAUAAAUUUUUGAAAAGUGUAAAUUACUUAACACCUGAAGAAGAAGAAAUUCCCUUGAAUACAUUGUAUAUUAAAAAACUACAACAAAAACGAGAUCUACUCGAUUCAUUGGAUGACAAGAGAGAAAAUUCUAGUAUUGAUAACUAUGAAAAUUCAUUUGAAUCUGAAAAAAUUUGGGAACAUGCAAUAGAGGUAAUAAAUGCUGUUGCAGAAGAUAGAGUAGAAGAUUUGUACGUGGAAAAAAGUAAAGAGAAUGGGAAUGAAAAUUUGAUUACAUCAUCAAGUAAAUCUUUACAAAAAUUAAAUGAAACAGAACCUACUUUCUCGUUGCUAAGUUGUGAUCAUGAGCAAAAUUCUAUUAAACAUUCAUCAAUUAUUACAGGAAAGAAUGUAAUUCAACAAAAGUUGAAACAAACAGAAAAAGAAGAGAAUGCAAUUAAAGACAUUGAAGCACAAUCUAUUGCAGUUUCUUAUAGUAAUCCAGAAGUAAAUUCUGCUAUAGUGGAUAAGUCAAAUUAUAAUAUUAUUAAUCAACAGAAAAUUUCUUUGGUUGAUGAAACAUUUACUACAAAUCAUAUUUCUAAUGUAUCUGUUCUUACAGAAGCUAAUCAAUUAAAUAUUUCAAAUGAAAAAUUGAAUAAGGAUCAAAAUAAUCAUACAUUAAAAAAAAAUGUAAUAUUUGAAAGUAUAAACAAUUCUGCAGAAGCGACAGAGAGGACUUUAAAAGAAUCUGAUAAAAAAAAAAGUUCUUUAGUAAAUCAGGAUAUUAAUGUUAAUAUGUCAAUAUCUGAGAAACUUAAAUAUAGUAAUAAAACAGAAGAAAAUAUUAAACAAAGCACUUGUUCGUUAGAAGAUAAAGUAAUAAAAAUACCAAAAAUUGUAUAUGAAGCAGAUGAAAUUAUUUCUAAUACGUUUCAAAUUAGUAAUAUUCAAGAUAAAAAAACAUCCAAAUGUAAAAUCAGUAAUAAAAAUGUUUCGAUACGAAGGAAUUCAAAGUCGAUAGAGGAUAAUGUAAAACAUAUAGAACAUGAUAAUACUAAUUUAAAUGGAGGAAAAGAUUCACCUAAAGUUCUAUGUAAUUCUAAAGAUAUAUCUCCAAUGCAUCAAGAACUUGAAAAUACAUUAUCUAAUACGAAACGAAAUCGUAAUUGUCAAAAAUUACAAAGUAGUAAGGAUAAAAAAUACACUAACCCUAUAGAAGAUGAGUCAUCCAUCAACUAUCAAUCAUUCAUAUUGAAAGAAAACGUAAUUGAACGGUUUUCAUCUAAUGUUGAUUCUCAAGCAUUAACACCUAAAACACGAGAUAUUGCAAUUAAAAGAAAAAUACAUAAUCAAUCAGAAAUGAUGAAUUGUAAAGUAAGAUUGGUUGAUGUAUUUAAAUCAAAUAUAUAUCAACAUGUUGUAGAAAAAUUUCAUAUGGAUUCUGUUAAAUCUCAUAUAACUACCUAUAAAUCUACUGCAACAGAAGCUACAAUAAAUUCUACACAUUUUGCUACAUCAUCUAAAACAAAUUCUUCGAUUAUAGAAACAAAUAAAUCAAAAGAUAUAAAAAAAAUUAAAAAUAUAUCCGACAAUGUGCAAGAACAAAUUUCGAAUUUGUGUCAAAAGCAAAUAACAAAAACACACAAUAUUUUGGAUAAUAAAAAAGAAUUAAAAUCUCAUCAUAAAGUAAAUCCACUACUUAAUGAUGAACAUUUAUCCUCGGAAUCCAAUAACAAAGUCAUAUCAGUAACAUCAGUAAAAACUGUUCCUUCAAUUAUGAAGAUGUUACCACCAAAUGAAAAACUAGACAUUGAAAUUGUAGAGGAAAGAAAAAAAGAUCAAUAUAUCAUAGAUCAUCAUCAUGAUAAGGAAAUACCAUUAUCAGAUGCAAUCACAGAAGACGAACAGCCAUUGAAAAGACAAUAUACAGUUCAUAAAGGGCCUAUAUUAGAUAUCCAGGUAUUUGGUAAUACAUUUCUAGCAGCUAGUGAAGAUGGCUCAAUAUAUAGAUAUAGUCAAACAUCUAAUGGAAUAUUAAAUAUUUAUAAAGGUCACAGAUCAGCAGUUACAUGUUUGUAUAUCCACAAAUCCAGUGGUGUUGAUCAUCCAAAGAACUUGGUAUAUUCAGGUUCUUUGGAUGGAACUUUGCGAUGUUACAAUAUAAAAACUGGUGUACCAAUUAAUAAUGUUGCAAAUGUUGGAAGUCCUGUUCAAUGUAUGGAUCAAGCUUGGGGUAUAAUAUUCAUUGGUACUAAAUCAGGACAUGUUUCUCGUUUUCAUAUAAAGUUUGGUAUUAUCAAAGGUGAUAGCAUACAAUUUUCUGACAAAUCUGUACUUGCUCUAAAAGCUACAAAUGAAGGUCCGCGAAGAGUUCUUAUUGUAGCAUCUCGUAAUCAACCAAUAACAAUACGAGAUGCACAAAAUGGAUUAUUUCUGCGGACAAUUUGUGGACAGAAGAAUCACACCGUUUACAGUUUGAUGCGAAAUAAUAACUUGAUUUAUUGUGGUACAAGUAGCACUUCGAUACUUGUUUUUGAUUUCACUAACGGAGAACAAAGAGUACAAUAUGAUGCAGGUGUAGGUAUCGUUUGCAUGCGCCUUUAUCAUAAGCUUUUAUUUGCUGGCUGUUAUGAUGGAAAUAUUUAUGUUUUUGAUAUUCAGGAUCAUAAACUAAUUUGUAGUAUACCUGGACCAGGAAAUAUGUUACUGAGUAUGGAAGUUGUUGACAAUAAGAUCAUAGCUGGUAGUAAAGACAAACGCCUGCAUACAUGGCAAAUACCGAAACAAGUACAAGUGGUAUCUCGUGAAAUGACAUAACAACUGAGUUAUAUACAUAAAUCUAGUCUUAUAUUGAGGAUACACAAAUACCUCCAAGAGUAUUGAUAGUAUUGGUCUAUAAUCUACUUCUUUGAGCCUAUGUACAGAACUUAAUUAUAAGUUAAGUCAUAUACACAUAUGUGUAUAUUUAAAAUUAUAAAUUAAUGUUCGUAGAUAAAUAGUGUACACACUGAUUGCACAUAAGUAUAUUUAUAAAUAAAUUUGUACAGAAAUUAAA